CAAAUUUUAGUGUCUUUUUGUUCGCAGUUAACAAAAUUCAUCAAUUUCGAGUGUUUUGAUUUUCGUUGAAAUACAUAGUAUAUCCAACACUAUUCGUAAACUAUGGAAAUGUUACCCGAUCAAAGGAUUUAUUUAUCGUACACUCUACCAAUCAUCGGUGUCUUAACGUUAAUAACUCGGCCGUGUAUCAAUCGACUGGAAAUUUUUAAAAUUGGAAGUAUAAGUGUUUUAGCUGUACUCUACGCAAUACCACUGUACAUCUAUUAUGUGUACAUCAAGGCUAGAAUGUAUUCGCCGGAAUCAAUUUUAGCCGUAAUCGGAAAUGUACCCAUCGAGGAGUACAUACAUGUGGUCGUGCAAACCAUUCUCACUUUGUUGUGGUCCUUGAUCUUCAUUCAGUGGUCGAUUCCGUGUUUGAGCUUCAACUGCGACAAAUAUAGCUACCAGUUGAUUCGUUGGUUACCGAUAUCGCUGUUGAGUACCGUUAUGGUAACCGGCUACAUGAUGGUCGUGCUGACGCAAGAAAAUUUUUACUUGGGAUGCAUACUGUGUUGGGCGUCCCCGGCAAUCAUGCUCAUGUGGUACGGAACUGGCAACUUUUUUGUAAAAAAGAUCAUACCAUUGUUGAUUGCGAUCGCGGGCCCUACGUUGUACAUGUGUUGGAUUAAUCGGAUGACCGUCAAAGACGAUAAAGAUAUGGGCGAGUUGGCGCUUAAAGAAGUAUUUUUCUUAAUCACUAAUUUGAUGGUUGUCUUGGCCGGAUCGUGCUUCGAUAAAGCGUACGGUAUGAUAAUUACAUAUUCAUUGGAAUUCCCUCACCAGUUCAGUGUUAGUUGGAGAUUUGUUCGACAGAUGUUAAGAGCAUUCGCGACAUCGGAAUAUUCUAUGCCUUCUGAGGUGGUAGAAGAUAUUAAAGCAAAUAUUAAGGUCUUAAAUACUUCGAAUGCGUUUGGUACUUCCAAUUAUCUUUUCCAUGUUGGUAUACGAUUAGAUUUAAUAAUUCUGUAUUCAUUUUGUCGUGUAACGGACGAAAUGUUUGAUAACAAAACGGAUGAGAAAAAGAAAAAAGUCAAAUUAGAUCUAUCUAAACAAUUUAUAAGUGAAAUUUUUGCUGACAGAAAAUCAGAUUAUGAGGUUAAAAAAGUACCACAAAAAUUAAAUAUUGAUUGGCAAAAAUACGAAUCCGAGUUCACUGAUGUCGAAUUAUCAUCUUAUCGUGCAGUAUCUAGAAUUGCAUUUUUUUUACCCCGUAAGCCUUUCGAAGAGUUAUUUACGGGUUACCAAUGGGAUCUUGAUUUUACGUUGGUUCAAAACGAAAAAGAUUUAAUGCUAUACACCACCUAUGUCGCUGGAAGCAUUGGCGCAUUAUGCGUUUAUGUAUUCAUAUAUAGAUAUGGUAAUGACAUUGAUGAUCUCUACGAUAAGGCUGAUUAUUUGACUAAAUGUGCAUACAAAAUAGGACAAGGUUUACAACUCGUGAAUAUCGCUCGGGAUCUCGUAACUGACAGCGAAACACUUGGUCGGUGUUACUUUCCAGCUGAAUACAUGGACGACGAAAAAGAAGAUUUAAGGAUAUUAUGCCAAGAAAAAAAUCCCAGGUCUUUGGGAAAUAAGAAGUUAAAGAAAUAUUGUUCGAAAAUGAUACAGUUGGCUAACAAAAAACAAUUUGAAUCAAUGGGUGCUAUAAAAUAUUUGCCACAAGAUUUAGUAGGUUCAGUUCUAGCGGCAACUGAAAUAUACCGAGAACUAAUUGACGUAAUACAGUCAUGUCCAAUUUACCCAACUAGAGCAACAAUACCAAAAUGGAGUAAAUUAUUAAUAGUACUCAAUUCUUUUUACAUUAAAAGCAUCCAAUACAUUUUUUAAGUUGAUUUUAAAGUAUAAUAAUUAUAGUACAUGUAUAGUUCAAACAUGCAUGUUUUAAGUAUGAUACAUAGUAAGAUUAUAAAUUAGUAUCAAACGAGAAUAAUA